UGGCUUCUUCUAGGUCUAGCUCCCUCUCGCCGGCGAUGACGACGACGACGACGACGAGGAUGAUGCUUCCUCUCUUUCUUCUUCUGAUCCUCUUUGCGCACUCCGUCACCGCCGGGGAGUCUGCCGGCCAUCUGGCCGCCGGCUGCGGCGGCUUCACGCGCAUGUUCAGCCUCGGCGACUCCAUCACCGACGCCGGUAACCUCGCGGUCAUUAGCCCCAACUCGACGUUCAACAGGCUCCCCUACGGCGAGACCUUCUUCGGCCGCCCCACCGGCCGCUUCUGCGACGGCAGGCUCAUCGUCGACUUCCUAGCGGAGGAGCUCGGGCUGCCGUUCUUGACGCCGUUCCUGCGCGGGAAGACGGCGGAGGACUUCCGGCAAGGGGCGAACUUCGCGGUGGCCGGAGCGACGGCGCUGAGCCAGGACUUCUUCAAGGAGAUGGGGCUCGACCUCACCCUCAUACCGCCAUUCUCGCUGGACGUGCAGCUCGAGUGGUUCAAGGGUGUGCUCCACUCUCUUGCCUCUACAGACGAAGAAAUCAAAAAAUUCAUGUCCACGUCCUUAUUUCUAUUGGGAGAGAUUGGUGGCAAUGACUACAAUCACCCCUUCUUCCAGAACCGAUCUUUUACAGCUGAGAUCAAGCUGUUGGUGCCAAAAGUGAUAGCAAAGAUCGAAAAUGCCAUCAAGGUUCUAAUUGACCUAGGAGCCAAGACUAUCGUGGUUCCAGGAAACUUUCCUAUAGGGUGUGUUCCAAGAUAUCUCACUAUUUUUCAAAGCACGUCUAGUCCUAAAGACUAUGAUGCAUUCGGAUGUAUAAAGUGGUUGAACGACUUCUCUGUUUAUCACAAUCGUGCACUCAAGAGCAUGUUACACAAGAUCCCUCGUGAUCCUACCGUCACUAUACUAUACGCCGACUACUACAACACCGCCUUAGAGAUUACCCGUCACCCCAUCAAACAUGGGUUUAAAAAGGAGACGGUCUUGGUGGCAUGUUGUGGGGACGGUGGGCCAUACAACUCCAACUCGUUGUUCGGCUGCGGCGGCCCAUCGUCGAAUCUUUGCAGCGACCCAUCGAAACACGUCUCGUGGGAUGGGCUGCAUCUCACUGAAGCCGCUUACAAAUUUGUGGCCCAUCACAUGUUGCAUGGCCCAUUUGCUGAUCAACCUUCUAGAGCGCCCAAAUGAAUGAAUUAAUGAUGAACUAUCUACUGCCAAGUGUACCGAUAGUGAUAAUAACUUAUUUUGAUCAACUCUAUACAUGUGUGCGUGGAGUGUGUGUGCAUGCAUCUGAUUGUAAUUUGAAAUAUUUUUUAGCGUGUGUUGCCCGUCUAGUUGUGAUACGAAAAUAUACAAUAACUUUUGGUCAAACAUGGUGCGAGUUUUUCUUUUUUCAUACACACACGAACUGUGCCACUAAUCAGUUUACCAAUUGCUAUGCAUGCUUGGUGUGUGCAUGCAUCUGAUUACAAUUGUAUGAAAACUCUGUUGAUCUAUUAUGAAUUUGUAUGAAAUA